AUGCCGUUGCCUAAGCGAACAAUCAGUUUACUGCCUGCUGAAGGGCUUCUGCGGGAGUAUUUGCUUGAAUGCGCACAGCAUUUUCCCGGCCUCGAAAUCUGGAUCACGGGUGGAUGGGUUCGUGACCGACUGCUCGACAUCCCCUCCUCGGACCUUGAUGAGGCGCUGAAUAACAUCACGGGUAGGGACUUUGGCAAGUUCUUGGAGGCUUUUUCAUCCAGACCAGAUAUCCAAGCCAAGUAUCACCAGAAAGCGAUCGAACUUGGCAUACCUGAUGCCAGGUUCAGCAGAUUCCACAUAUUGGAGAGAAACGCCGACAAAGCCAAGAAUCUCGAAACAGCAGGAGGCAAGCUAUUUGGCUUAGAUAUCGAUUUGGUAAUUCUUCGGAAAGAGGUCUACGAUGGCCACAGCCGAGCUCCCGAGAUGCAAUUCGGCACCCCAGAGGAAGAUGCUUUCCGCCGGGACGCCACGGUCAAUUCUCUUUUCUUUCAUCUCGAGAGACAAGAGGUUGUUGAUCUCACAGGGAAAGGGUUAGAUGAUCUAGAAUCGAGGAUCAUGAGGACGCCUUUGGACCCACGCCAGACCUUCAUGGAUGACCCUUUGCGCACUCUCCGGCUUAUUCGAGUUGGGCAAUCAAAGUCCUUGCCGUGGCCAAACACCUGGCCUCGGGCCUAUUGGCUUCUCGAACACCUUUUAAAGGCCGGCAGCGAUAUCGGCAAGAUGAUUCAAUGUGAGGCAAACGCGGAUUUUCUCUGGACAAUGACUGCCUAUGCACCGUUUGCCGGACUACGUCAAAUUAUGCUCAAACAGGCGGUCGAGGAGGCAGCAAUAGCCAUCCGAGCCCCGGCCAAAGUAUUCAAACUUCUUGAGAGUGCCCUCAAGAAUUUCAAUUCCAUCCGCACCAUCGUGGAUACUAUCGCGGGUCCGCCGGAUAAGCCGCCUCCUCGAAGCCUCAUUGGCAUGGCAAUUCGCUCCUGGGGCGUCCUUUGGAUUGCCCAAGUCACGUACGUACUGCUUGCCCAGAGUGCGUAUGCUCCACAAACGUCGUCUUCAACAGUGUCUUCCGUAAAGGAACCCCAGAUAAAAGAGGAGUUGCUCGAAGGGCCACUAUUGCGAGAGAUUCUGCUUUUUGCCGACUUUAAAGGGGGCAGGUUCCUCGAGACGGCACUUGAUGGCCUUGUGGCGUGGCAGUUUGAUCAUGUCGAUGGUGGUGUUGAAGCCGCCAAGGCGUGGCUUUGGAGGCAACAGGAGCAGCUGGGAAUUCCUUGUGAUGGUCAGGGGUGA